AUGGCCAAAGGUAGGAAAUUAACCACCAGCCGGAACGAGCGCUUUCUGGGCAGCUUUGGUCGGGGUCCGGAGCAACGUGCCGUCGCCGGUGACGGCUCUCCGGAUCUCGGCGAGGACGAGGUGUGGUCGAUGAUCGACGCGGCGUCGGUCGGCGGCGACACCCACUCCCCCGCUAGAGAGUGGAGUUCACGCGCCUCCGCGGAUGGCGGCGGGGGCUUCGUCGGGUACGGCAUGGGCCGCCCGCCUGCGGCGGCACCCGACCGCCGGCGUCGCCGCCAGGCAGGGGGGCUCUCUCUGGCCUUCGACGACUCCGGCGACAAGGGGUCGCUGCCGAUGAUCGUGCACCAGUUCCGGGCGCCUGAAGGGACGGCGGACUCGCCGCGCGGGUGGCACAUGGCGACGUCGGCGCCGGUGAACGUGCCCGACUGGUCAAAGAUAUACCGGGUCGACUCGGUCGAGUCGCUGCACGACUCGGACGACGGGCUGAAUGACGACUCGGAGAUCGUGCCACCACACGAGUACCUGGCGCGUAGAAGGAAAAUGGCGGCCAACUCGGUGUUCGAGGGCGUGGGCCGGACGCUCAAAGGGCGGGACAUGAGUCGGGUUCGGGAUGCUGUCUGGAGCCAAACCGGGUUUUAUGGGUAA